AUGGUCAAAUAUCACACAGAUAUUCACUUUAAUGCAACAGAAUUCACAAUUGAAGGUUUAUUUGACAUCCCCGAACUCCAAUAUCCUGUUUUCAUAAUAUUUCUAUUUAUCUACAUCAUCAUUAUUUUUGGAAAUAUUGGCAUUAUAGUUGUUGUUUGUUUGAAUUCUUGUCUGCAUACACCUAUGUACAUAUUCUUGAUGCAUCUUUCCAUCAUUGACAUUGCUUAUAGCUCAAAUAUUCUGCCAAAACUAUUAGACAUGCUCAUCACAAAAAAUAACACUAUUUCAUUUUUGGGAUGUAUAUAUCAGAUGUAUUUCUUUUUAGCUCUGGCUUGCACUGAGGUCCUCUUACUUGCAGCCAUGGCAUAUGAUCGCUAUGUGGCCAUCUGCCACCCACUGCAUUACAUUGUUCUUAUGAGCAUGAAACAAUGUGCUCCCCUUGCAGCUGCUGCAUGGUCUAUCGGGUUUAUAGACUCUAGUGGGCAUGCUGUCCUUAUAUCCAGACUGUCCUUUUGUGCCUCCCACGUCAUUGACCAUUUCUUCUGUGAUAUAAUUCCACUGCUUAAAAUAUCCUGCAGCGAUACAUUUAAGGUGGAAAUUUUGAAUUAUUUUGGAGGGACGCUAUUACUAGCUACUGCUUUUUUGCUUACGUUAGUGUCUUAUAUAUUUAUUAUAACUAACAUUAUCAAGAUUAAAUCUGGAGAAAGUCGGGGUAAAGCAUUUUCUACUUGCUCUUCCCACCUAACUUGUGUCAUUAUAUUUUAUGGGACAAUGAUCUGUUUGUACAUGAGACCCACAGCAAGCUAUUCCCCAAAACAAGACAAGUUUAUUGCUCUUCUAUAUGCCAUAUUGGUUCCUGUCCUGAAUCCGGUAAUAUACAGCCUGAAAAAUCAAGAAGUUAAAAGUGCCUUGUGUAAAUUUUGGAACAAGUUUGAAGUUUGA